AUAGAUGUAAAAAUAUUAUCCUGCGUUAGUAUCAUUGCGGACGCAUAUUGAUCGCAUCCAUUUAGUCAGAAAGAAAGAAAUGAAAGAUAGAGCAUUAGACACAGCCGUAAACGAUAAAUGCGCAUUUAUGUGUAAUGUCAGUACUUCUAAAAAACACUUCGGCAGUUACUCCUCCCUCAUCGGUCAUCUAAAAAUGCACAUUGAACGUGGUUUGAAAGUGCAAUAUCCUGUUGGAAUUUGUAGUAAGACUUACGAUGUCGUUAGUUCAUUCUCAGGACAUUUAUCUAAAAAACAUAGGAGUUUGUCUGAAGAAAAAAAUUCAAAAACUCUUUUAGAAAUUUUGCGCAGAACAGAGGUUAAUGAAAACUGCUCUAAUAUUGAAGAACCUGAGGAAUUAAAUGAUUUUCCGAAAUGUAUAAUAACUGAAAAUAGCGAAUUGAAUCAGGGCCAAUUUCCAUCAAAUAAUAUUGACUCAGCGGAUGAAACUGACAAUCCGGAAGACUUAUUCUUGUUAAAUAUUGCACAAUUUUAUCUUAAACUUGAAUCGCAAUUCAUGAUUCCCGUUAGCACAAUACAAUAUAUUGUUACAGAAUUUUGCAAUAUUUAUGAACACGGACAGGGGAUUCUACAGAGUAAUAUAAAAAAACGCUUACUUGAACAGAAUAUGUCCGAAGAAUUAGCAAAUUCAAUAUUAAAAGCAGCUCUCGAAAAUGAUUCUUUUUCAAAAAGCAAUAACAACCUAAAUACUGAUUAUAAAAGAAAACAAUUUUAUAAAAGUAAUUUCGCGUAUGUUAAUCCGAUUCAGUUAAGACUUCCUUCAGAAUCAAGUGAAAAGAGACAUUUUCACUAUGUCUCCAUUGAAGAGACUGUAAAAUGUUUAUUUCGAGAUAAAAAUUUAGAAGGGAAAUUUUCUUAUAACAGAGCUGCUCGCGAUAAUGAUGUCCUGAGAGACAUUACCGAUGGAAGUGUAUUUCUAGAUUAUAAAUUUUUAAAAGAAAAUCCUGAAUCAUUAUUUUUUAUGCUUUUUCAAGAUGCUUUCCAAACUGUUAAUCCGCUAGGAGCAGCUAAAACAAAAUAUAAGGUGAUAGGGAUAUAUAUAUAAGUGUUGGUAAUCUUCCUGACGAUAUAAGGUCUCACUCAAACACUAUUAAGUUGAUUGGGCUUUGCUUGGAAAAAAACUUCGACCAUGAAGUCGUAUAUGGACGUAUUGUAAAAGAUUUAAAUAAAAUUCAAACUUGUGGGGUUAAAAUACACACAAACAAAAUUAUAAAAGGAGAUCUUGUGCUCAUAAUUGGCGACAACCUUGGAAGUCACUCUCUUGGAGGCUUCACCGAGAACUUCAGUACUUCUAAAUACUUUUGUAGGUACUGUCUCAUUAGGCGUGAUCUAUUCGAAGCUGAAAAUGGUGAAUUUAGAUAUUAUGAAGAGAGAACUAUCGAAUCAUAUAAUAAAGCACUUGAGAAAAUUAAAAAAGAUUGCCUGGAAGAAUACCAGGGAGUUAAAUUUAACUCAGUUUUCAACAAAUUGCCCGAUUUUCACGUAUGCAAUCCCAGUCUUCCUCCGUGUUGGGGUCAUGAUGGUUUUGAAGGAGUUAUAGCAUAUGACUUGCAACUAUACGUGGAUUAUUUUAUUAAGAAGGGAUGGUUUUCGCUUUAUGCUUUAAAUUACCGUCUAUUAAAAUUCCCAUAUUCAGUCGAAGACAUGAAGGACAAACCUUGUACAGUUCGACGCAAAGCUAAAAAAAUAUCAGGUGGAGCCUGUCAAGUAUGGCAAUUUUUGAGAUUAUUUCCAAUAGUCAUUCUUGAUAAAGUCGAAGACUUUAAUGAAGACGUAUGGCACCUUGUCCUUCUACUCACUGAAGUAACAGAGAUAAUGUGCACGCCAGAAAUCCAUAAAUCCUGCUUGCCAUUUUUACAGAUAAUUAUCAACGAAUAUCUUUCACUAAGAAAAUGUUCAUUUCCAAAAAUUAAAUUGCGUCCAAAGCAUCACUAUAUGCACCAUUACCCAGAUUUGAUUGUGAAAUUUGGUCCUCCUAUGAAGGUCUGGAGUUUGCGUUUCGAGACGAAACACACUUUCUUUAAGAGAGUUAUUCGUUCUCUACGUAACUUUAAAAAUAUCACGAAAUCGCUCUCUGUAAAACAUGAAUUAUUCUAGAGUUAUUUGAGACUGGGUGCUGAUUUAAGAUUCGAUGUAAGAAUGGACCAAAGUGGACCUUUACAAAUCCACAUCUACUGUGAAGAAAUUAAAAAAGCAUUAAAAGAAGCAAGCUUGCCUCCCUCUAUUCAAGAAUGCAAUUCGAUUUUCGUUAAAGGUACCAAGUUUAAAAAAGGAAAUGUCAUGAUUCUGAGUCAAUGCGGCUAUCAGUUUGACAUUCGAAUGGGCAGAAUUUGCCUUUUUUUGCACGAUGACGAUGAAAACAUUUUCAUAUUAUUCGAAGUAUUAGAAGCCACAUUUCAUCGUACUUUACGUUGUUAUGAAUUAGGAAAAAUGGUCCAAUAUGAAUGUCAUGAGUUUAAUAGAUGUACCAAAUAUGAACCUCUUCACGUUUACACGAUUGGUAAUUUUCUGUGUGUUAAGCCAAAAUAUGGUUUUAUAUCCAAGGGGUUAUAAUUCAUCUGAACACUUACAAGGUCUGAAGAUGCCACUUUUCAAAAUAAUACAACAAAGUCGUGAUAGAAAAGUGGCAAUCGUAGCUUCCAGUAUAGAGGAAAUUAUACUCAAAGCGAGGGGAGAGUUCGCACUGGCCGAAGACGCAGAUUUUAAGGUGGUUGAUGAUGAAGACGGAUCCCAAUUUGCAGACGAUGAAGUCUUAAUGGCAAUGGCCGAUGAAGCUAAGGCGCAGAAAAAAAUACUGACGUUAUUAAUAUUACCCAAAGAAACUAUUUGGGUGGAGAAGUUACUCUGGAUAGAACCUGAUAACAACCAAAGUGGCAGCAGCAAUAUUUUUAACAAUAUGGGAAACGCGAAUGACAUACAUGAUGUAAACCAAAUUGCAGCCAAGAAUACGUUAGAUGACGUAAUAAAAAUCAUCCCCAUACACUUGAAAGAGGAUUGUUCUAGGGGAAAAACUCCCAGACCUGCUGACAGAAGACUAAUGGUUCAAGGAAUUGCACAUUAUAUGUUGCAUGAUUUAACAGAUGCAUCUCGUGGAAUGGCUGAAAACAUUGAUAAGAUGCUAUUCGAACGAUUUCCAACCCUGGGAGAUUAUAUAAAAGGCGUACCUUUAGGAAAUGGCUUUGAGACACUUCGUGAGCAAAUAUAUCACGCAGUAAAUUAUAGGAAAGAAUCAAGUGCAAAAAAGAACAGAAAGCGACGUCUUAAUGAUCCUCUCUUUGACGUUGAAGAGACUAGCAGUUCUAUUUCGAGAAAGCAGGACGAUUAUCGAUGUAUGGAGUAUGGAUUACCCACUAUAUCAACUGAAGAUUCCAUUGUUUUGGAAGAAAAACGUUUGGAGCUUGUAGAACUUUAUAAGAAGCCUUCUGAAUGGGAUCCUGAGAAGACCAGCAAUGAUCUAAAUACAUUGUUUGGUCCCCUCCGACUGAUGAUAAAUGCUGAAAAUCGCAAUAUAAGUGUCCUGUUCUCUUACUGGCCGUUUUUAGCCGAAUCAAAGUAUUUGCUUGAACACGCAUCGCGUGUCAUUUAUGGUCAAGACGGUCGCUUUGGUAGGACUUUGCAACAAAUAUUUCAGGUAAAUCAUGGAAGCACUAUGCCAGCCUUAAUUCAAUACUGCAAAGCCUUAUGCUUAACCCGAACAAAAAAGACCAAGAAUUCCCCAGAUACGAAUAUUAUCAUGGAUUUAAUUAAAACUGCUCAAGAUAUGGCUAAAACUACAAACUCUGAAAUGCCAAAUGCAGUUUUAAUGUUUCAAUUGCUAAUAGCAGUUUUCAAAGAGGAAGAGCGAUUUCUAUUGACAGUAAUUCCUAUCGAAACCACUGAUGAUGUAACAAAGAUGCUGGCACCAACAGUGUAUCCAACUGUUAUGAUCAGAGGAACGUCCAUUUUUGAUCCCAAUGCUCAGGUUGUAGUUGUUAUCGAGAACAGCGUUCUUAUCACAGUUCUAGAUGUUGUGGAAGGCAUUGAAGUUGCCUUUUCAGCAUACUACGUAUUUGGUUAUUCGUAUGUUCUGGAAUUACCAAAGUCAUUAGAGUUUAUUCAAAGGUUCAUAUUCGAUCUUAAUCCAGUUGCUCAGGGCGACAAAUGCGCCAAAGUCGCUAAAAGAAGAUUGAAAACAUUUGAUGUGAAAGUAAAAAAUCUUAUGUCAGCUCUUCAAAAAAUUACUGAGCCUCUUUGAAAUUAACAAUAACACUGCCACCUAUCAUUUCCUAUGUAUUUUGUCGUGCUGAAUCGAAAUCCGUGGGUCAGAAUUAAUUUUAGCAACGCCGUUUUUUUAUUCUCAAAAAACCUCCCAUGAAAAUAGGAAAUUCGCAUGAAAUGCAUGAAAAACUCAGUGUCUACGUAAUCAGAGUAGGAAAAGAUACAAAUGGGUCCACAAUACCUCCAAGAAUCACUCUUAAAACCA